CGGAUUUGGGCCGCGGAGCGAAGGAGGAGCCGAGCAGAGUCAGGCCUGGGUGGGCUCCGGUUCAUCCUGAUCCUCGUUCUGCACGUUCUGGGUUGGCAAGGUUUACCUCGCCUGGCCCGGUUCACUACAGCAGAGAUCACUCUGUGGGCCGGAUUGUGCGUGUGUGUUCUUUAGGAACCUGUAUGCAACUGAAUCGGAUUCCGAGGCAGUUCUUGCACAUACGGUCUUUGAUCAAUUUGACUGUGCGAUCCUUCAUGGAUCUGAAAGUUCUCGUUUCUUCCCUUAAUGAUUUUGCUUCGCUCUCUCUGGCCGAAAGUUGGGACAAUGUGGGGCUCCUGGUUGAGCCAAGCCCUCCUCAUUCUGUCCGCACCCUCUUCUUGACCAAUGACCUCACAGAGGAAGUGAUGGAAGAAGCCCUGCAGAAAAAGGCCGAUCUCAUUCUCUCUUACCACCCACCUAUUUUCCAACCACUGAAACGCGUAACAUGGAAAACGUGGAAGGAACGUCUUGUGAUCCGAGCCUUGGAGAACCGAAUUGGAAUUUAUUCUCCACAUACCGCGUAUGACGCUGUACCUCAUGGAGUCAAUAACUGGCUUGCAAAAGGACUUGGUGCCUGCAGCUCUGCUCCCUUGCAGCCUGCAACAGCUUCCAGUUACCCCACAGGGGGGUCUUUCCGUGUUGAGUUUACCGCUUGCCCGGAUGACAACCUAGACACAAUUUUGUCCAGUUUGCGUGGGGUGCCAGAGGUGUCGCUUAUCACAACUGUUCCCGCCAGGGUUGAAGGGGAAGAGCAGACACGAGUCGGCGUGAACUGCACCCAGCAAGCCCUGCUGCACGUGGUGGCCUUGCUCUCCCAGAACAGUCUUCUCUAUCAAAAGACUGAAAUCGUAUCAUUACAGAAGCCUCUUCUUGAAGAUACUGGCAUGGGACGCUUGUGUGCACUGAAGGAGCCAGCUUCUAUUUCCACCUUGGUUGAACGAGUGAAAAGCCACUUAAGACUGUCUCAUAUUCGCCUAGCCCUUGGAGCUGGAAAAUCAUUGGAAUCCCAGGUGAAGGCGGUUGCCCUUUGCGCCGGCUCAGGAAGUAGCGUUCUGAAAGGCACAGAAAGUGAUCUCUACCUCACAGGAGAGAUGUCCCACCAUGACGUCCUGGAUGCUGUUUCCAAAGGGAUCAGCGUGAUCUUGUGCGAGCACAGCAACACUGAGCGAGGCUUUCUGCUGGAGCUGCAAAAAGAGCUGGCUGUGCACCUUCAGAACAAGAUCUGUAUCAUAGUUUCUGAGAGAGACAGAGACCCCCUUCAAGUGGUAUAGAAAAAGUGUGAGGUCCAGAACAUCAGACUGUAUUUAACAUAACAAAAAUAUAAAAUGGGAGAGGCUCUGGUUAAAAGCACAAUAUGGUUUUCAAAGUGCUAGGGAUAACCUGCCUGGAAAUAAAUGGCUGACUGACAA